AUGACGAACAGAAGCGAAUCCGACGAUCAAAAAAUUUCUAUCGCAUCACUAAAUCAUGAUGCAAAGCAUUGUGAAGAAGAGAUAGAGCGGGAUCCAAAUGUUCGACUUGAGUUGUACCGUGCGGUGUGCAACGCGGCCCUGUCGGAGGCCUCCAUCCGCGGCCCAUCCGCUAUUUCGCCAUUUUGGAUCGACAUUAUCCUUAACGGCGUAGAGGACAUGUGGUCCUCCACGCGCCGUGAGUGCGUGGAGUGUAUCAGGAAGCUUUUCUACACGCCCGCGCUCGAUAGCGCAACCGUAAGGCUUCCCUACCAUUCUGCUCACCAAUCGAGCCUCUCCUCAUUGGCGGACCAUAACGCGAAUGUAAAUCAGUCGAAGAGAGGUGCAUUCCCCAUAAAACCAAUUGGCUCGGAAAAAAGAGGACACAUUGUUAAUGGAGGCGGCACUACGGCGUCGUGUGCCGACUGGCGUCGGCAGCUAGCAAGCAAACUACUUUAUAGAUGGACAAGGACACGAAACGGCAGUGCUGGCUGGUACCAACGAGAGGGGCUCUUGCGUGUGCUUAAAAUUUAUUGCGAGUUCAACCAUACUUUUUACCAAAAUAAUUUUGAGGGGCAGCUCUGGUUGCACGAGGUGCUAUUUCGCGCAGGAAUCCCUGCGUUACAUGAGGCCCAGCUGCCUGUACGAGAAGAAGCGGCGUCUCUCCUAUGUAUCAUAGCCGAGCAAGAGGGUGCUGUCUGUUCCUAUGUUUUUGAUCGUGUUGUCAGCAAAUUACAGGGCCUUUUAACAACGCAGAAAACUCCAUCACCCCCUUCAAAGACUGAAGAAGCUCAAACUCACGUUGUGGAAGGUCACCUCAUCGCUCUAAUAAAACUAUUUGAGCGAGACCCUCGGUCUGAUCACAAAGAGAGCACGUAUCCGCUCUUGAUGCGUUACGCGUCACAUCCAGCGUCAAGUGUGCGUCAAUACGUAGCGGAGGCUCUUUGUCCACCCUCCGAGAUGCUCUGUAUCCGUUUAUUAAAGCAGCUGUCGAUAGGCAGUCGGUGGUCCUCGUCCCAUGUUCAGAAUAACUGGCAGGAGGGCGAGACGAUACUUAUGGCAUUGCAGCGACACCUUCUAUAUUAUCUUGCUCAAGGAAAAGGAUAUGACUUUAACUUGGAGAGGUUGAUUUCUGCUGAAACCGACAAGAGCCCGGCUUGCUUCUUCCAUAGCUGCCUUGAAUCACUUCUGGAUGCCUCGUGUGCCUCCCGAUUUGAGCUAUCCCGAAUGGGGCAACAAAUUAUCCCUCUCCUUUUGCAGCUUUGGGUUCGAUUUGCCAGUACAGUAGAGGUGGUUUUAACGGUGGUGCGGGAGCUGGUGCCGUCGAGUGCUCCGUCGGAGUAUUCCUCGAUGUUACAACGUGAUAGAUGUCAUAUUCUGGUAGAGUUAAUCAUUCCACUGCUAUGGUGGUAUCUGGUUGUUCGGCAAGCUACAGCAACUAUGGAAGACCAGGAAAAUCGGAGGGUAGAGGGGGUUCAUGUCAGCCAUUUUUUGAGCACACUUCAGGAUCGUACCUGGAAGGUUAGAAAUCCAAUGUUCAGCAUUGUGAUGCUCAUUAUCGGUUGUUAUUUUCUACCCCUUUUGGAAGAAAGUGAUGUCGCCAUUGUGCAUGAAAUAUUACUGGACAGUCAAACGUGGGAAAAUAUCCUGCGAACCCCUCCAGCCAUGCCUUAUCUGCACUUUGGAAUCGACUUUGUAUCAUCAAUGAAGUACAAGGGAAGAGAUCUUCAGCAUUUGGUUCCUGUGUGGCUCACUGCCCUUGAGGGGGCACAGACACAUCAUCAAUGUAUUCUUGCCACAAUGAUUCGUGAAGCCUUAUGCUUUUCAGACGCAGAGAGUCAGGAAGAAUCUGGAAAAGUAAAUGGUUCCGUUUUCUGUCGGCCAUUUCGCUUUGCUUAUCACGACACUUUUGCGGCACCAGCCAUGCUGGAUGGCGGUGAAGAGAUGUCGCUGGGCUAUACUUGGCUCAAGACGUAUUUUCCAACUGUUCAGGAAAUUCCCUCAGGGGAGAUGUUCUUUGGUACUGCGAUGGGUUCAUAUGCUGUUGCUGAGGAUUUCGAGAGACAGAAAGCUGUAGUUAACGCGCUGAGACGCUACGUCUGUAACGAUCUGUAUUUGUCUCCUUUGAUUGAGCCUGAGAUUCUUCGUGAAGCGCGUACCCUUAUGGCUGGAAUGGUUAGGGCAUACCCAGGGCAGGAGUGCCUUGAAUUUGUUCUUGAUUCCCUUUUGAUGCGACUGGAUCGCGUUUGUCCACAAUGGGAAAGCAAGGAGGAAAACACGAUACGUCAAAAACAAAAGGGGCGUGAUUGGGACAUCUGGGACGAUGACAAUGCGGGCUGUGGUCCUGUUGAAGGUAUAUCUAUCGAGGAGAUCCGGGACGCAUCCCACAUUGCUGCCCACAUAAUGCAAAAAAUGAGUCCCGAAGCUCAGCAAUUAAUUUAUAAAAAGUUCGGCGAUCGUCUUGUAAAAUUGAUGUACUGA